AUGGGAGGAGACCAGGAGGCCUACUCCCUUGGGGUGCGCUCGAGCUACCUGCCCCUAGCCCCUAACCCUACAGUUCCCAGCCCCCAGCCCCCAGCUCUCAGUGCCUAGCCUCCAGCUCCCAGUCACCAUCUUUCAGCCCCCAGCCCUUGGUUCCAGCACCCAUCCUCAGUCCUCAGCCCCAGCUCCAAGCCCUUACCUCCAGCUCCCAGCUCCCAGCCCCAGCUCCCAAUUCCCAGCUCCCAGCGCCCCGCUCUCCGCGCCCAGCCCCAGCCCCCAGCCUCAGUUCCCAGCACCCUGCUCUCAGCCCCCAGCUCCCAGCCCCUAGCUCCAGCUCCCAGCCCUCAGCUCUCAACUCCCAGCUCCCAGCACCCAGUUCUCAGCGCCCAUCCCCAGCCCCUAGCUCCAACCCCCAGCCUCCACUUCCCAGUACCUAGCUAG